UUAUUUAGAUUCCUUUGUGAUGUUCUAGAAAUAGUGAAAAGGAAAAAUGGUGAAAAUCUGCUGUAUCGGAGCGGGUUAUGUUGGAGGACCAACAAUGGCAGUGAUUGCCUUCAAAUGUCCGUCAGUUGAAGUGGCUGUAGUGGAUAUUUCUGUAUCUCGAAUCAGUGCCUGGAACAGCGACCAGCUCCCGAUCUACGAGCCAGGCCUGGACGAUGUGGUGAAGCAAUGCCGCGGCAGGAAUUUGUUCUUCAGCACGGAGGUGGAGAAACAUGUCCGCGAAGCGGACAUAGUUUUCGUUUCUGUCAAUACACCAACCAAGACUAGAGGACUCGGUGCAGGCAAAGCUGCAGACUUAACGUAUUGGGAGAGCGCAGCUCGUAUGAUCGCAGACGUAUCGAAAUCCGAUAAGAUUGUGGUGGAGAAAUCAACCGUUCCUGUUAAAACAGCUGAAGCAAUAGAAAAAAUCUUAACCCACAACAGCAACGGAAUUAACUUCCAGAUUCUCUCGAACCCUGAAUUCCUGGCCGAGGGAACCGCGAUCGACGAUCUCUUCAAACCCGACCGCGUCCUAAUCGGCGGACGCGACACCCCUGAAGGACAGAAGGCGAUUCAAGCUUUAAAAGACGUUUACGCCCAAUGGGUACCCGAGGAUAGAAUCAUAUGCACCAAUCUCUGGUCUGCCGAACUAUCAAAGCUAGCCGCGAAUGCGUUCUUAGCGCAGAGAAUCUCUUCCGUCAACGCCAUGUCGGCUCUCUGCGAAGCAACCGGAGCCGACGUAACCCAAGUGUCGUACGCAGUCGGGAAGGACACCAGGAUCGGAUCCAAGUUCCUGAACGCUAGCGUAGGCUUCGGCGGUUCCUGUUUCCAAAAGGAUAUCUUAAACCUGGUGUACAUCUGCGAAUGCAACGGGUUACCUGAAGUAGCGGAAUACUGGAAACAGGUGAUCAAGAUCAACGACUAUCAAAAAAGCAGGUUUGUGAACCGCGUGGUCGCGUCCAUGUUCAACACGGUAUCGAACAAGAAGAUCGCGAUUCUCGGGUUCGCGUUCAAGAAGGACACAGGGGAUACUCGGGAGACUCCUGCUAUCGACGUUUGUAAAGGGUUGUUAGGAGACAAAGCUCUUCUGAGUAUAUACGAUCCUCAGGUAUCAGAGGAUCAGAUUCAGAGAGAUCUGACGAUGAAUAAGUUCGAUUGGGAUCAUCCGAUUCAUCUGCAGCCGAUGAGUCCGACUACGGUUAAACAGGUGAGUUUCGUUUGGGAUGUGUACGAGGCGGCGAAGGAUGCUCAUGGGCUGUGUAUACUGACUGAGUGGGAUGAAUUCAAGAGUCUUGAUUAUAAGAGGAUAUACGAUAACAUGCAGAAACCUGCGUUUGUUUUUGACGGGAGGAAUAUAGUUGACGCAGAAAAGCUGAGGGAGAUUGGAUUUAUUGUUUACUCCAUUGGUAAGCCUUUAGAUGCAUGGCUCAAGGAUAUGCCUGCAAUUGCAUGAUAAAAGAUUUUCGGAUCUGCAAAAACCUACCCAUCUAUCUAUCCUUCUUUUUUUCAAUAUUAUCUGGAUUUUCCUUAUUGCAUGCUAUAUUAAAGAGUCUCAUAUAUUUCUGUUGUCACAAAUAUUUUGAAUCAAUUAAAAGUUUCUCAACUACUA